UUCAACGAAUUUAGACGUACAAAUUAAAAAAGUGAAAGAUAGUUCAAAGCAAACCAGGAACUACUAAAAAUGAAUUUUCUUAAAAAAAAACAGGCAUGCAAUGAUGAAUACUAAAUCAAUUAAAAAGAAAGUUGCUUUUAAAAAAAUCUGAUAAUUAUGUGAAAAGCCAAAAUGUGUAAAAGACUUGCGAAAAUGCAAUUUAAUUGUUUUAAAGCUGUAGAGUUCGUGUAAUGUGUUACGUAAGCACAGUUGUGAAAAUUUGAAGGCCUUUCCAGCAGAUUCUAAGAAUAAAUAAAGAAAUUAUGAGGAAAUAAAACAAUUUCAUGUGGAAGUGUAUUUGAAAAUUGGCAGAAAUCUUCACAAAUUGUAAUCAUAAAAUUAUAUUAAUAAAAAAUUAAGUUCGUAAUGGAAUACCAAAUCUUCCUGUUGGUAAUAUUUUCAAUAUGUUUAGAGAAAUUCACAACGGGCGAAUACCAGCAAAGUUUAGCGAUAACAGAUAUAUUACCCGAGGAUAUAAAACGCUAUGACAAAAUGCGUCCACCCAAAAAGGACGGACAACCAACAAUAGUUUACUUUCACGUCACUGUAAUGGGUCUCGAUUCGAUCGACGAGAACUCAAUGACAUAUGUCGCGGACGUUUUUUUCGCGCAAACAUGGAAAGAUCACCGAUUACGACUUCCAGAGAAUAUGACACAGGAGUAUAGAUUGCUCGAGGUAGAUUGGUUGAAGAAUAUGUGGCGCCCCGACUCUUUCUUCAAGAAUGCCAAAUCAGUUACUUUCCAAACAAUGACAAUUCCUAAUCAUUAUAUGUGGUUGUACAAGGAUAAAACCAUACUUUAUAUGGUGAAAUUGACAUUGAAAUUGUCGUGCACCAUGAAUUUUGCCAUUUAUCCGCAUGACACGCAAGAAUGCAAGAUGCAGAUGGAAAGUUUAUCACACACCACAGAUGAUAUGAUCUUUCAGUGGGAUCCAACGACCCCGUUAGUGGUUGAUGAAAAUAUUGAACUACCGCAGGUGGCACUGAUACGUAACGAAACUGCGGAUUGCACUCAAGUCUACUCGACCGGCAAUUUCACCUGCCUCGAAGUCGUUUUCACGCUCAAACGCCGUUUAGUCUACUAUGUUUUCAAUACAUACAUACCGACUUGUAUGAUUGUCAUAAUGUCUUGGGUCUCAUUUUGGAUCAAACCGGAGGCAGCGCCAGCGCGUGUUACACUCGGUGUCACUUCGCUACUGACAUUGUCCACGCAACAUGCGAAGUCACAAUCAUCUCUGCCGCCUGUUUCCUAUCUAAAGGCGGUCGACGCAUUCAUGUCCGUUUGCACGGUGUUUGUUUUCAUGGCUUUAAUGGAAUAUUGCUUAAUAAAUAUUGUAUUAAGUGACACGCCAAUACCGAAACCCAUAGCUUAUCCGCCGAAGCCGGUGCCGGAAGGUGCGAAAAAAGAACCAGAAAAGCCACCUACGACCGCACCAAUACCCGCGCCAGCAACCACACCAGCCAAAGUGGUGCCAGACGAAAAGAUUGAGAAAAUUGAAAAGAUAUUCGAUGAGAUGACCAAAAAUAAAAGGGUAGUGCACACACGUCGUGUCGUACGCCCUCCACUAGAUGCCGAUGGCCCUUGGAUUCCACGACAAGAAUCACGCAUCAUACUAACACCAACCAUUGCACCACCACCACCGCCACCGCCGCCAGAACCCGAGCUACCCAAACCAAAACUUACGCCACAGCAAGAACGCCUGAAGAGAGCCAUUUACAUUGAUCGCACAUCAAGGGUGCUCUUUCCCGCGCUAUUCGCCAGUCUUAACGGUAUUUACUGGAUCAUAUUUUAUGAAUAUCUCUAAGCACGCACAGGCUGCUAUGGCAAACAUGCUUGUGCAUGUUCACAUAUACACAUAUAUGUGUAUGUAUGUAUGCUCAACUGUGCAUGAGAUGUGAAAUGUGCUUUAUGGUUUUAACACUAAUCUAUAGAAUUAAAAACUAAAAAACUCUAUAACUUACUCAAAAUUUAAUAUAAAACAGGAAUAUGUACGAGUAUAAAUGAAAACGAAUAAUAGACAAUUGUUGUAAUGUUAAUACAAGUAAGUAGAAAAUUUUAUUCAAAUAAAUGUUACUUAAAACGAGUGUGUGUACUUAUAAAAAAAUAUGUUAGAAUUAAAAAUAAUAUACAGAUUAAGGUUAUUUAAAACGCAUUAGCUAUUAAACGAAGAGUUCGAUAUGAAAUAUUUAAAUAGCGUAUCUGAAGUUUUAAUAAUACAAUUUACUUUAUUUUAUUUCACAACUAUUUCUUGGAUAAAUAAUUUGCAAAAUUUUGAAGCACUUUGCAUUAGAAAAUCCUUUAACAAGUAAAUAAAU